GAGCAAGGGCGUCUGAUGCCAGCUGCCAACAUGACAGAAACCCUGCAGCUCCCAGCCCUGCGAGUGCCCGAGCAGCAGGGGCUGGAGGGCUGUGCCUGGUCCAGCUCGUCCACCCCGACCCUGCGCAGGAAGCGCUUCAAGAUGAGGCGGAUGAAGAACGUGCAGGAGCAGAGCCUGGAGGCCGGCAGGUUCCAGGAGUCUCCUUCCUCCAGCAAGGAAUACCUGCAGCUCCCAUCCAUUGAGAUCACCCCCUCCAGUGACGAGGACACCCCCUGGUCCAACUGCUCCACACCCAGUGCUUCCCCGCGGCGCAAGCGCUUCCUCCUUCGGAAGUGGCUGCGCGUCAGAGAGAAGAAGGAGUGCAGUGAGAGCAGCAGCCAGCAGAGCAGCCAGCAGAGCAGCCACGAUGACGACUCAGCCCGGUUCCUGAGCCCUUUCCUGCGGGAGGACAGUACUGCCAGUAACUCCAACCGCAGCACUCCUGCCUGCUCCCCCAUCCUGCGCAAACGCUCCCGCUCCCCGACGCCGCAGGACGCCCCGGGAGACGCCAUGGUGGAGAAGGGCUCGGACCACUCCUCAGACAAAUCCCCUUCCACGCCGGAGCAGGGUGUCCAGCGGAGCUGUUCCUCCCAGUCAGGCCGCAGUGGGGCCAAGAACUCCAAGAAAAGCCAGAGUUGGUAUAAUGUGUUGAGUCCAACGUACAAACAACGGAAUGAGGAUUUCAGGAAACUCUUCAAGCAGCUCCCGGACACGGAGCGACUCAUCGUGGAUUACUCAUGUGCUCUCCAACGAGACAUCCUCCUGCAGGGCCGCCUCUACCUCUCGGAAAACUGGAUCUGCUUCUACAGCAACAUCUUCCGCUGGGAGACACUGCUGACCGUUCGCUUGAAGGACAUCUGCUCGAUGACCAAGGAGAAGACAGCCCGGCUCAUUCCCAAUGCCAUCCAAGUUUGCACUGACACUGAAAAGCACUUUUUUACUUCCUUUGGGGCUCGAGACAGGACGUACAUGAUGAUGUUCAGACUCUGGCAGAAUGCUCUGCUUGACAAGCCUCUGUGUCCAAAGGAGCUCUGGCACUUUGUCCACCAGUGCUAUGGGAACGAGCUGGGUCUGACCAGUGAUGAUGAAGACUAUGUGCCUCCUGAUGAUGACUUCAACACAAUGGGCUACUGUGAGGAAAUCCCCGUGGAAGAGAACGAAGUCAACGACAGCUCCUCCAAGAGCAGCAUGGAGGCCAAGCCAGAAGCCAGCCCUCAGCUGCCAAAGAAAUCUGUCACUGCCAGCACCCUGACAUCCACGGGCAGCAGCGAAGCUCCAGCCUCGUUCGAUGGAGUGCUCCCAGAAGAGGAGGAGGCAGUGGCAGAGAGCCCUGUGGAAAAAGACCUCGGCAUUGCAAAUAUCAUGGGAGAGAAGAUGGACAUCAUUGGCCCUGUGAACUCCCCUUCCCUGGACUUCAAUGACAACGAAGACAUUCCCACUGAGCUCAGUGACUCCUCAGAGACCCACGAUGAAGGGGAAGUCCAGGCCUUUUAUGAGGACCUGAACGGCCGUCAGUACGUGAACGAGGUGUUCAACUUCAGCGUGGACAAGCUCUACGACCUGCUCUUCACAGACUCCCAGUUCCAGAGGGACUUCAUGGAGCAACGCCGCUUCUCUGAUAUUAUCUUUAAUCCCUGGAAGAAGGAAGAAAAUGGCAAUCAGACCAGAGUGAUCCUGUAUACCAUUACCCUCACCAACCCUCUGGCCCCCAAAACUGCCACUGUCACAGAGACACAGACAAUGUACAAAGCCAGCCAGGAGAGCGAGUGCUAUGUCAUAGAUGCAGAGGUGCUAACCCACGACGUCCCCUACCACGAUUAUUUCUACACCAUCAACCGCUACACGUUGACUCGUGUGGCCAGAAACAAAAGCCGACUCAGGGUUUCCACGGAGUUACGUUACAGGAAACAGCCUUGGGGGCUGGUGAAAUCCUUCAUUGAGAAGAAUUUUUGGAGUGGCCUGGAGGAUUAUUUCCGUCAUUUGGAGAGCGAGCUGGCCAAGACGGAGAGCACGUACCUGGCCGAGGUGCACAGACAAUCCCCCAAGGAGAAGGUGAGCAAGCAAUCCACGGUGCGGCGCCGGAAACGCGCCCACGCCCACCUGCGGGUGCCACACCUGGAGGAGGUGCUGAGCCCCGUCACCACCCCCACCGACGAGGAGGUGGCACACCGCAGCAAGCACGUGGCAGGUUCCACUCAGACACGGCACAUCCCCGAGGAAAGCCCCAGUGGCUUCCACCUGCAGAGUGUCUCCAAGCUGCUCCUUGUCAUCAGUUUUGUGAUCUGUUUCAGUCUGGUGCUGCUGGUCAUUCUCAAUAUGAUGCUGUUCUACAAACUCUGGAUGUUGGAAUAUACUACACAGACCCUCACAGCGUGGCAGGGCUUGAGGCUGCAGGAGAGGUUGCCCCAGUCUCAGCACUAG